GUGCUUCAUUAUGGAAGACAGAGGGUAUCUCGUGGCACACCCAACCCUCAUCGAUCCCAAAGGACACGCGCCGGUGGAGCAACAGCACAUUACACACAAGGAGCCUUUGGUGGCCAAUGACAUUCUCAACCACCCCAACUUUGUCAAGAAGAACCUCUGCAACAGCUUCAGCGACAGAACAGUCCAGCGGUUUUACAAAUUCAACACCAGCUUAGUGGGAGACCUGACCAACCUCGUGCACGGCAGUCACUGCUCCAAGUACCGGCUGACGCGGGUGCCGGGCACCACCGCCUCCGUGGGGAUCGUCAACGAGACCUGCGACUCGCUGGCCUUCUGCGCCUGCAGCAUGGUGGACCGGCUGUGCCUCAACUGCCACCGAAUGGAACAAAACGAGUGUGAAUGCCCUUGUGAGUGUCCUCUGGAGGUAAACGAGUGCACUGGCAACCUUACUAACGCAGAAAGCAGGAAUCCUAGUUGCGAAGUUCAUCAGGAGCCGAUGACUUUCACAGCGAUUGAUCCCAGCCUCCAGGAUGCUCUGCCCCAGUGUAUUAAUACUCAGUGCAAUCAGAGAACAGAGAGCGGGGAUUGCUUUGGUGUGUUGGACUGUGAGUGGUGUAUGGUAGACAGUGAUGGAAAGACCCACCUGGAUAAAUCCUACUGCGCCCCUCAGAAGGAAUGCUUUGGUGGCAUCGUGGGAGCAAAGAGCCCCUAUGUGGAUGACUUGGGAGCUAUAGGGGACGAGGUGAUCACUCUGAACAUGAUCAAAAGCGCCCCGGUGGGGCCGGUGGCCGGCGGCAUCAUGGGCUGCAUCAUGGUGCUGGUCCUCGCCGUGUACGCGUAUCGUCACCAGAUCCACCGCAGGAGCCACCAGCACAUGUCACCUUUGGCUGCACAGGAAAUGUCCGUGCGCAUGUCGAACCUGGAAAAUGAUAGGGAUGAGAGGGAUGAUGACAGCCAUGAAGACAGAGGAAUCAUCAGCAACACGCGCUUCAUAGCGGCGGUGAUAGAGCGGCACGCGCACAGCCCCGAGCGCCGGCGCCGCUACUGGGGACGCUCGGGCACCGAGAGCGACCACGGUAAGAGCUGGAACCAAGCCCUGCUCCGCGUCCGCGGGUUUCCUCGGCAGUCUGGCAUCUUGCAGAUAAGGUCCCCAGAAGAAAAACCCGUGACGGAAACCUUUGCUCCCUGUUGCCUCGCGGUGAAACGGUCCUUUCGGCAGUGA